GAGCAAAAAACAUAAAAAAUUCAUACAGGUGGUCAUCAGUGCGCUGAAUGAACGUGUGUGCGUCGAUGUGCUUUAUUCCAGAAGCGAUAUGUGGCAAAUUUUAGUGUUAUAAAACUUUUUAGUAUUAGUUAUCAAUUAAAAGAAUCAUGUCGGACGGAACUGAAAGAGCUGCUCUGGGAUAUGAGCACACUUUGAUGUUCGGUCAGUACCGAGAAGACCUAGGUGAAUAUGCUAAACUAGAAGCAUUAAGAGUAAAGAGCUUAGAGAAACUUCGGAAAAAAGAAGAAAAACGUCGACAAAAAGAGCUCAAGCCGUAUAGGAAUGCAAUUCAUAGGAAGCUUGUCGGUUUAUGGCAGAACACAUUUGCUCGUCUUGGUGAAGAUUGGUUUUUCUUAGCUUUUUUAGGUGUAAUCUCAUCUCUUCUGAGUUUUUCAAUGGAUUAUGCUAUAUCUAUGUGUCAAAAGUCUCGUAUAUGGCUGUAUCGUGAUUUGACAGCUCAUCCUUUCUUACAAUAUUUAGCAUGGGUAGCUUUACCUAUGUGCCUUAUUCUGUUUUCUGCAGGUUUUGUUCAUAUAACUGCACCUCAAGCAAUAGGUUCUGGAAUUCCUGAAAUGAAAACAAUUCUCAGAGGUGUGGUUCUUAAAGAAUAUUUAUCCUUCCGCACACUGAUUUCUAAAGUCAUUGGGUUGACUUGUACCUUGGGCAGUGGAAUGCCACUUGGUAAAGAGGGUCCAUUUGUACAUAUAUCUAGUAUAUUAGCAACAAUUCUUAGCAAACUAGUUACGUCUUUCAAAGGAAUACAUGAGAACGAAUCUCGGGCCAAUGAAAUGCUAGCUGCAGCUUGUGCAGUUGGAGUUGCCUGCAGUUUUGCUGCUCCAAUAGGAGGAGUAUUAUUUAGCAUUGAAGUUACAUCUGUGUAUUUUGCGGUAAGGAACUAUUGGCGGGGCUUUUUUGCAGCAUGCUGUGGAGCUAUGGUGUGGAGAUUGUUGGGUGUGUGGUUUAAAAAUGAAGAAACACUGACUGCCAUCUUCAGGACCAAUUUUCAUAUAGAUUUUCCAUUUGAUCCUCAAGAGCUUAUUGUAUUUGCAGGAAUUGGUGCAGUUUGUGGUUUGGGUGGUGCAUUCUUUGUGUGGUUUCAUCGCCAAAUAGUUCAUUUUAAUCGAAAACACAAGAGAAUGAAUGCCUUUCUUCAGAAAAAUCGCUUCAUUUAUCCUGCACUGAUCACAUUAAUCAUAUCUACGAUGACAUUCCCUCUAGGCUUAGGGCAGUUUAUGGCAGCAGAACUUACUACACAUGAAUCAAUGAAUGAGUUAUUCAGCAAUGUUACCUGGUCAAAUCAUUAUCUAGAAGUGGAUGAAGCCAUCAUAGUCAGUCAUUGGACAACAAAGUAUACAAAUAUAUUUGUAAAUUUAGUUGUGUUCAUCAUUAUAACAUUCAUAACCACUACUUUGGCAGCUACACUUCCUGUACCUUCUGGGUUAUUUAUUCCAGUUUUUAAGAUGGGUGCUGCAUUUGGAAGAUUAGUUGGUGAAUGUAUGGCUUCUUGGUUUCCUGAUGGGAUUACUUUAGGUGGUAGUGUAAACAGAAUUAUACCUGGAGGAUAUGCAGUUGUUGGUGCUGCUGCAUUGUCAGGAAGUGUAACGCAUACAAUAUCGACCUCAGUUAUUGUUUUUGAACUGACUGGGCAGAUGUCACAUAUUCUUCCUGUGAUUCUUGCUGUUUUAAUAGCUAAUGGCAUUUCUCAAGCUCUGCAGCCAUCAAUAUAUGACAGCAUAAUUCAAAUUAAAAAAUUACCAUAUUUGCCACCCAUAGUGUCCACUUCAUCUGAAGCUCAUAAUGUUUAUGUGGCUGAUAUCAUGGUGCGAGAUGUUGUUAGUGUAUGGAGAGGAUGUACAUAUAAAGAUUUAAGAAGCAUUUUGAAACUGAAGAAAAGGCUGCAGUUUUUCCCACUUGUUGAAUCCCUAGAAUCUAUGAUCUUAUUGGGAUCUAUUCAAAGAAUUGAAUUGCUGCGACUUCUAGAAUUGCAAGUAGGGCGAGAACGUAGGUUACAAGAAGCUGCAAAAAGAGCUCAACUAACCGAAUCCCCAAAAACUCCAAGAGCCGAAAAGAAAUUAUCUCGUUUUGAAGUUGUACCAGUUGUCAGUAGCACAAGACCUUCCCCAAAGUGUUCUCCCCCACCCUCCUCAGUCGCAAACCCCACAUCACCCAAGAAGUCCAUCCUUCGUUACUCACCUGUAAAUUCCCCAUAUAACACUAUCACAUCAUUAGAUUCUCGUUUAAAACAAGCUUUCGAAACUGUUUUUAAGAAGACAUUAACUGUAGAUCCAUUUGACAAAUUUGAAUCUAGUGUUCCUAGCACUCCGACUAUUAGGAGAUCUCAACAACCUAAAAUAUUGGUGGAUAUGUCUCCAGAAGAACAAUUGGCAUGGGAAGAAGAUCAGUUGAAUCAGUUGGUAGAUUUUAGUAAAUGCCAUGUUGAUCCUGCUCCUUUCCAGCUUGUAGAGAGGACAACACUAAUAAAAGUCCAUUCUCUCUUUUCCAUGUUGGGUUUAAAUUAUGCUUAUGUGACAGCUAUUGGAAGGUUAGUUGGAGUUGUCGCUUUGAAAGAGCUUCGGAAAGCAAUUGAAAACAUCAGCAGUGGACUCUUUGUACAGAGCUCAAAUCACUUCAAUCAAAAUGAGAAGUCUGAACCACCUUCAGAAACACAGUCAGAGUGUGAGGAUAAUGCAGAUAUAGGGAAAGUGUCUGUUAUGAGGCAAAGAAAUCAGGAUGAUGGCUCAAAUGUUUGAUUGUUCCUAUUAUUUUUUUAUAUCCAAAAGUGAUAAUUUUAGCUAUAUGCUAUCUAUUUUACACCCAGUAUUGGCCUUAUUUAUAUAGAAUUUUCUUUUUUAAUAGAAUCUCAUAGUUAAAAUUCAGGUGUGUAACCGGGAUUUUUACUUUUAAAAAGCUGUAUUUAUUCUUUUAAAAACAUGUACAUUAUUGUUCACUGCAUAAUUUGUUUAAUACUUUAUUAAUUAAAUAAUUGUCAGAAUUUCAUGACAAAUUUCACAAAAUGAUAAUUUUAAAAGUUUGAUAUCUGUUUUAUUCUAAAUUUGAUGUUCAUUUGUAUAAAAUUAUUAAAAAAUUAAGUGCUGAAUGCAAAAGUAAGUAAAGAAAUAGAUAUGCUUUUUUAAUAAUUGCAGAUUGAUAGGAAUUUUAUGACAAGUUUUACAAUACAUGUUCCUAAGUUGUGUCAACAGAGCAUUCUUCUUUAAAACAAAAAAAA